GUUGUAUAUUUUUAUUUCUUUCCGAACUUUUUGCCUCCGGCCGUUCCGACCGCAAGUGCUCCGCCUCGUCUGUGGUGGGCUCAUCGUUCUGCAUGUGACCCCGCCGCUCGUUCUCGCCUCGUGCUCCGUGGUCCCCCCUUCUCCCGGCUCCCCGCCCAACCCGACCAUGAACCGUCGUGGAAACGUGAACCCUGGAUCGAACUCCCCACCGAGUCCCUCACACGCAUUGCGCGUCCGCUCCGCACGUGCUCCAAGUGGGCCCCACCAUCACAUGGAACAGGCCGGCUGGGCCUCCUAACCCAUCAUUGCGUGCGCCACCCGUCCCUUUCACAGCGCCGGCCCCCGCCUCCAACUCCCAUCACACUGCUGGCCGCCCCUCGCCGGGUCAACCGGGGCCUCCUCGGCCGUACACGUGCCCCCGCUUGCCAGGCCCCCCUGCUCCCCUAUUUUAUUAAUUAUUAUUACACCUCCCCCCUCUUUACCCUGCCCUCGCUCCGAAGGACCCAACGGAAACCAUGAUUCUAUUUAGGUGACGUGUUGACCGUAGAGCGGUCUGCUUUGCUGUUUGAGACGAAACAGCGAAAGGUUUGGCACUGGAAGCGGCGAAAGGUGACAUAAAAGAAAUGACUCGCCGUAAAAGGUGGCUCUCUCCCACAACUGUCCCCCGUGUUUCCCACCCGGCUCGGGCGCUUCGCGUUCAAGUACUAUCGUACCUCACGGUCCUACCUCUCGUGCCUUCCCGGUUCAGUUCGGCCGAACCGGUCCGAUCGCCUUCCCACUCCCGGGUUGAUGCUUGCUUUCCAUCAAUGGACAUUUGAUUUGACAAGUCUCGGAUGGGCAAGUUUCGUCCUUUUUGACUGCGACGCUGCGAAACAUCUGGUUCGGGGAGAGCAACGAUGUCCCGUCGCCUGCUAUGUCCGGCGAGCUCAUGCUUGCAUCGGCUCGUGCGAUUACCGUAGUAAGCUUCGGACCCCAUUUCCUUUCCUACCCUCACUUCUGCCCUUUUUUUACACUUUCAUCACCGUCUUUUUUUUCCGUCUCUCUAGCCGCUACAAUGAAAGGUAAAACGAGCGAUGGCAUAUUCGUAGCUUCUGUUGUUUCCAUGGGCAUCUGACACUCUGACAGAGAUGCCACAUUUAUUAGGCUCCCCAUCGAGCGUCGGCCCAUCCCACCUUACCCCUUCUUUUAUUUUAAGUCGUCUUCUUAUCGGACUGGUUCAGGUCUUAACUGCGCCCGUAGGAUUUUUCGUCUCCGCCUCGCUUUUUUUAGAGGAACGCCUCCACCACCACCCCUUAUCUCCGAUCUAUACCGCCCUCCCUCUUAAACGCCGGGAUCCGUUGCUUCUGUCUUCAGAUUUAGAACUUUCUCAUCUUUCCUCCUGCCGAAAUCAAUUUUGGAGGAUUUCGGGACAGCUCCUCUUGUCUCCUGCUCUUGGAUGUGGGUUUUGGGAGAUUUUUAGGGUUUGAAGUAGCGAUCGAUUAAGGUCCUCUUUUUGAUCUAGAAGAGCGAUGACGUCUGGGACGAGGCUUCCGACAUGGAAGGAGAGGGAGAACAACAAGCGGAGGGAGAGGAGGCGCCGGGCGAUCGCCGCGAAGAUCUACACGGGGCUCCGGAUGUACGGCAACUAUAAGCUGCCAAAGCACUGCGACAACAACGAGGUCCUCAAGGCCCUCUGCAACGAGGCCGGCUGGAUCGUCGAGCCCGACGGCACCACCUACCGCAAGGGAUACAAGCCACCACCGGCAGAGCGCAUGGAUGUAGUAGGGUGCUCUGUUUCUCCAAGCCCAUGCGCCUCGUAUAACCCUAGCCCUGCCUCGUCAUCUUUCCCGAGCCCUGCAUCCUCAUCCUACAUAACAAAUGCCAACAAUGCUGUCAAUGUUGCUGAUGGCAACUUCCCACAGCACCAUCUCUAUAUGCAUGGUGGUUCCAUCAGUGCUCCAGUGACCCCUCCUUUGAGUUCUCCGACUGCUCGUACGCCUCGCAUUAAGACUGACUGGGAUGAUUCAGCUGCCCAGCCACCUUGGGCCAGUGCAAGUUACAUGUUCAUACCAAAUUCCACUCCACCAAGCCCUGGCCGUCAGGUUAUUCCUGAUCCUGCCUGGCUUGCGGGAAUCCACCUUCCAACCGGAGGUCCAUCAUCGCCCACUUUCAGCCUUGUCUCAUCAAAUCCAUUCGGCUUCUUCAAGGAGGUGAUUGCAGGUGGGGGAUCUUCAAGAAUGAUGACACCAGGGCAGAGCGGCACAUGUUCCCCAGUCAUGCCAGGUGGGGCUGGCCAUGUAGAUGUUCAGAUGUCGGAUGGCAUGUCCGAUGAGUUUGCAUUUGGCAGCAGCAGCAACGGCAAUCAUCCACCACCAGGAUUGGUGAAGGCAUGGGAGGGAGAGAGGAUCCAUGAGGAGUGUGGAUCAGAUGAGCUGGAGCUCACUCUUGGGAGCUCGAGGACCAGAGCUGAUGCCUGAUCAACAUCAUGGAGAAGCAUCAUCUUAAUAGGUUCUUUACUUGUUGUUUUUACUUUUUAGUUUAUCAUGAUGUUUAUAGAGAGAUAGAGAGGGAUCGAGAGACCUGCCCAUGGUUUCUUGCACAUAGCCUCCAUCCUCUUUUAGGUAACUGAGAUUUUAUUUGUUGUGGUGAGUGUUGAAACCAGGAAACCCUUUGGAAAAUAUUGUGGCAAGAUUAUUGGAAGGGCGUCUUGAGAAUGCCAGAUGAAAAUUGAAGGGUUAAGAAAAAAAAAAUUUGAUGUGAGAGUCUGCAA